GAAAGAGAAGGUGCAAAGGGAACAUACUUUUUUUAAAAAAACUUUAUCUGCCAUUAGUUGUUGUGCUCGUUGCCUAGUGAACGCGUGUUUGUGGUCAAAGUUAAUCCGUGUUCAACAUGACUGCUGCCAAACCUUUUUCCCAAACUCUUGGGCCUGUUUGACUCUCACUCGAAGAAAGGCGAAUGCUUCAGCCCAUCAAAUUGAACAUUAAAUCGCUUUCAGCAGUGGCUGGAGGCAUUGUUUUGGUUGGCCUCGUAGUGGUGUAUGCAUUGCACGGGAAUGCAUUGGGGCGACCUGAGCACAUCAAACCGCCCUCCACACUGGCCCUGAAAACGAAACAGUGUCCUAGGUGUUUCGUGGUCGACCACGAGGUGAUCUUGGACAUUCCUGACCUCUGCGUGGACAGGGGCGUGACGCUUGUUAUUGUCAUCCACGUAAGUGCGGACAGAUUCGUUUCCCGGGAGACCGUCAGGAAUACCUGGCUGUCAGAAGUGAGGAAUAAGGAGAAAUUUCAAAAUGUCAGAUAUUUCUUCUUGCUGGGAAACACAGACUCUGAGUCUGUGAGACAAGACAUACAAGAUGAAUCUCGUCUGUACAAAGACAUUGUCCAGUACAAUUUUGAUGAUACUUACAGAAAUCUUACAAUCAAGACAGUACUGGCGAUGCAGUGGCUACACAGUCGCUGUCCAUACAGCAAAUUUUUUUUCAAGACUGACGACGAUGUCUGGGUGAAUGUUACAAAUUUAUUGGCAGUCCUCCAGAUUCAUGGCGAUAAACUAGAAAGAGCUUUAGGUGGCGUCUGUAGAAGUGUGACUGUAGUGAGGAAAACGUCCUCAAAGUGGCAUGCAACAUUUGAAGAGUUUCCAAAAGACGUCUAUGAUCCCUAUUGUUCAGGAACCGGCUAUGUCGGCGGUAUUGCUGUAGCUAAAGGAGUAGUGAAUGUCUACACACAGGUUCCGUAUUUCUACCUGGAGGACGUCUUCAUGGGGAUGUGCCUGAAGCUGAUUGGUUACGGCACUAAGUAUCUGCAACAUUUUGACAAUACCAGAGGCCCGGAGAUAGAUGAAUGUGAUGCCAAACUUGGAGGCUAUGUUACAAUACAUAAAAUCACUAGUCAGAGAAUGAUCGAUAUAUAUCGUAGAAUAUGCUAAUACUGUAUAUAUUGUAACAAUAAAACCUCCCUUGCGGAGCCUGUUUUUGUUUUUAUAUAA